GGAAGUGAACCUCAGACAGUCGUUGUGACUGAGAGCUGAAAUGGCGCAGAAAGGAGCUCAGCUGGACCGGGAAACUUUCUCUUGUUCCAUCUGUCUGGAUCUACUGAAGGAUCCGGUGACGACUACAUGUGGACACAGCUACUGUAUGAAGUGUAUUAAAACACACUGGGAUGAAGAGGAUAGAAAGGGAAUCUACAGCUGCCCUGAGUGCAGACAGACGUUCACUCCGAGGCCUGUCCUGCUGAAAAACACCAUGUUAGCAGUUUUAGUGGAUCAGAUGAAGAAGACCGGACUCCCAGCUGCUCCUGCUGAUCUCUGCUAUGCUGGAGAUGUGGCCUGUGAUGUCUGCACUGGGAGAAAACUGAAAGCCUUCAAGUCCUCUUACUGUGAGCAACACCUCCAGCGUUAUUAUGAUGUAGCUCCGUUAUCCAAACACAAGCUGGUGGAGCCCUCCAAGAAGCUGCAGGAGAACAUCUGCUCUCAGCAUGAUGAGGUGAUGAAGAUGUUCUGCCGGACCGAUCGGCAGUCUAUCUGUUAUCUCUGCUCUGUGGACCAACAUAAAGGCCACGACACGGUCUCAGCUGCAGCAGAACGGACGGAGAAGCAGAAAGAGCUGAAGGUGAGUCGACUCAACAUCCAGCAGAGAAUCCAGGACAGAAAGAAAGAUGUGAAGCUGCUUCAACAGGAGGUGCAGAACAUCAAUCGCUCUGCUGAUAAAGCAGUGGAGGACAGUGAGAAGAUGUUCACUGAGCUGAUCCGUCUCAUGCAGAAAAGAAGCUCUGAGGUGAAGCGGCAGGUCAGAUCCCAGCAGGAAACUGAAGUGAGUGGAGUCAAAGAGGUGGAGGAGAAGCUGCAGCAGGAGAUCAGAGAGCUGAAGAGGAAAGGCGCUGAACUGAAGAAGCUCUCAAACACAGAGGACCACAACCAGUUUCUCCACAGCUACCCCUCACUGUCAGCACUCAGCCCGUCUACAUCCAGGAUCCAGAUCCGUCCUCUGCGCUACUUUGAGGACGUGACAGCGGCCGUGUCACGAGUCAGAGACAAACUGCAGGAUGUCCUGAGAGACAAAUGGACAGACGUCUCACUGACUGAAGUGGAUGUUUUACUGUCAGAUUCACCAGCAGAGCCCACGACCAGAGCUGGAUUCUUAAAAUAUUCAUGUGAGAUCACAAUGGAUCCAAACACAGCACGCACAAAGCUGGUAUUAUCUGAGGGGAACAGAAAAGCAACACGCAUGAGUAAUAAACAGCCCUAUCCAAGUCACCCAGACAGAUUCACUUAUUGGAAUCAGGUCCUGAGUAGAGAGAGUCUGACUGGACGAUGUUACUGGGAGGUGGAGUGGAGUGGGGAUGGAGGUCAUGUAGCAGCUUCAUACAAGAACAUCAGCAGAGGAGUCCAGACCACGUUCACUCAGCCGCUCUAUGCUGGACUUUGGCUUCUUAAUUAUGGAGACACUGCUGAGUUCUGUAAACUCAAAUAA